AAAUGAGUAGCAACGAAGCAUAUGUUUUAAGUUCCAUGUCUAUAGCGUCAGUUUGUAAAUAGUUUGCAGAGUAGGAGCCGAAGCAAGCGCCAUGAUCUACAUCCAUGUGUCGAAGUUACUUUUUUCUAGUGCUAGCCAAUUUCACAGAGUUCGUUUUAUCAACAUAGUGCCGUGUAUUCAUUUUCCGAAAGAGACACAACGAUGGUGGCCUUUUUAUUCUGACAACCGUUCAAAAACAGGUUUUGUGGAAGUAGCCCGCGUGCAGGAACAUUCUGUGUAUUCUGAGGGCAGAAUACAUGUUGAAAUGGACUUUGAAACUAACAUGAAUAAAGAAGAUCGAGCAGAAGGCGAGGUGCGCGCGCCGCCCGGAGACGGCGCCGUUCAUGCCGCCGGCCCACGCGGUGGCGUUGGCCAGCCAGCGGCCGUAGCGGUUGUGCGGGUCGGGCUCGUGCACGGCCCAGCUGAAGCGGAAGCGCCGCGCCGCCUCCAGCAGCACCAGCAUCUCGAUGCCGAGAAGGGCGGGCAGUCGAAGGUGGAGACGCGCAGGCGGCGGUCGCCGAGGUGCGGCCAGCGCCAGGCGGCAGCGCGCUCCGCCCCCGCUUCCGCCGGAAGUGCCUCCGCCAGCAGCGGGAGGAAGGCGCGGCGCGGCGCGAGCGGGGGCGUGGCGCGGAACAGCGGCCCGGCGCCCAGCGCCAGCAGCGCGUCCGCGUCGCCCAGCUCGCUCGCGAACGCCGGCCACGCCCCCUCGCCCGCACCUCCGGCGUCCAUGUCUGGCCCUGAGGGCGAAGGGAAGGGAUCUUUUGCACGAUCAGCCCGAAAUGAAAGAACGUUUCAACAUUUUUGUGUUUUCUUUCUUCGUAUUUCCAAACAAUUAGAUGUCGUUACUACGACGUGCGAUAAGAAAGAGAGCAACAAAAAACGCAUCAACAAUCGACUAACCAAAUCGCGAAUACACCUCUAUCGGCGGUUCCUCAGCAACGUCCCCGGACGCGUUGGCGCUCUCGGCGACCACCAGCACGCGGUGGCGCCACGUGAGGGCGCUCUGCGCGAGCUCACGGCGCACGUCGUCAGCGCCCCAAGCGGCCGCGACCAGAAACACGCCUCUGCAGGACGACGCCGGCGGCGCCGCGCCCGCGUCGCGCGCCAGCACAAGAGGGACGGAGCAGGGCGGCGGCAGCGGCAGGACGCGAGCGGCGGCGGCGCGCGUCACGCGCACGCAGCUGAAGGCGGCGAACGCGCGGCAGAAGGCGGCGGACGCGACGGCGGCCGAAGGAGCACGCGAGGGCAGCAGCGACGCCACCGCUGCUUCGCGCCAUAUUGCAGCGGCGAUCCAAAUUAG